GCCUUUUCUUCUCAAGGUUAUCCAGCACAUCUGUGCCCGGUUUGGACAGCCAUUCAGGACUGUCACUGUCUCACGCACGGGCCACUUGAGUUUGGAUCCCCCAGAAAACCACAGGAUACUUUUCCUUUGUUUGUGGCCACCAGUAUGGCUAACAGCACCCCAAUAAUAGUGAAGGGUAUGCCUACGGGUCCUGCAGGCAGAAGCAGCCCAGAGGGAUCACAGGUGCUCAGUAAGAAGAAGCUGCAGGACCUGGUCAGAGAAAUUGACCCAAAUGAGCAACUGGAUGAGGAUGUUGAAGAGAUGCUGCUUCAAAUUGCAGAUGAUUUUAUAGAAAGUGUCGUGACGGCAGCCUGUCAACUAGCACGCCAUCGUAAAUCCAACACGUUGGAGGUUAAAGAUGUUCAGUUACAUCUAGAGCGUCAGUGGAACAUGUGGAUACCUGGUUAUGGGUCAGAUGAAAUAAGACCGUUUAAGAAAGCGUGCACCACAGAGGCUCAUAAACAGAGAAUGGCACUGAUCCGCAAGACAACCAAAAAGUAGCAUCAAAAAAUGAUAUUGUACCCAAUCUGUGCUUUUUUUUCUUCACUAAAUGAGAUAAGUGUUUUUGGUGAAGGGUGUUUUUCUUUUGAAAUAAAUGUUGACAUGUCUCCUUAACUUUUGAGUGUUUUGUCAGUGCACAAUUUUCAUGUUUUACCUUAUGUUACUACCACUGCUCUAAGACAGGACUUCAUUGUAAUUUUUGUCAAUAAAUAUCAACUUCAAUACUUUUCUGUAAUGUCACAAUCGCUGUUUUAUGAUUGGGCUUUUUAUACUUCGAAGCAUGUAGAUGUUAUCCUUAAUCUUCGGUCUAUUUAAAUAAUGAUUGAUGUCAUCUUACCAAUACGACUUGGUCACUGAGCAAAGAACCUCUCUUGUUUACACUUUUAUUUUUCCAUUCGACUGAAAUAAAACAUUAUUCAGCUGAAUUUUCCAAUGUAAGAAUAAAGAAAUAA